GAGAGAGAGAGAGAGAGAGAGCAAAUCAGGAAUUAUCACUUGGAGUGAGCAAAAGAGAGAGAGCUGCACUCUAAAUAGGUAAAAGAGGAAGGAAAGCAAAGCCAGAGAUUACUACUGUUCUGCUGCUCUGAGAAGUCGGCUGCUACCCACGGUCUGACGGAGGAUGGAUACAUCUCAGACAUGAGGGAAUCUCAAGCUGAAGAGGACGAUGGACGUUAAGGAAUGACCUUCCUGUUGCUCACUUUGUGGACUAUGACUGGGAAGGGAAAUAAGCAAGAAAGGUUGGCAUUUGCUUGAGCCAUUUUUUAGGCAUACACUGGAUUAUAACAAUGGAGAAACUUAGAAGAGACAUCUUGUGAGUAUGAGACACAUUCUGAACUGAUGUGCACACCUAUUCACAUCUUUGUAAAGAAAACUUAAAGACUUGCCGGAUUGAUCCUUUCUCUGGCAUUACUUUCUAUGCACUGUAUAAAAUAAAUAUUAUACUGCUCUAAAAUUUAUAAAUAUGGAGCAUAAAUGUUAUGCUUGCCACUUUUAAUGAUUUCUGUAUUGCUUUAAAUCAAUCACUGCACAGCUAGAACCUCAUACAGCCCUUAAACCCUGUAAAACUCACACAAAAACAAACUGGGACAAAGCUGGAUUAAGACAUUCACAUGUAAAAGAAGUUCUUUAGGAAAUCAGUGGCUGUCCAACUGUGCUGGCUCUAUUUCAUGUGAUUCCACACCAGAGGCAUGACCUCAACAGCUUUGUUAGUUUUGUUCUCUUUCUGGCUCGGCUUCUCGGAGGCUAACUGUCCUUCAGGGUGCCUGUGUCCCUCGGAUAUAGUCAACUGCGGCUCUCUGGGUAUGGACAGAUUUCCCCCUGUGCUACCGCCCACCACUUCCAUCCUGGACCUGAGCCAUAAUCGGCUCACAUGGAUCGCAGCAGGCAGCUUCCAUGGACUGGCCAGGCUGGAUGUUCUGCGUAUGUCCCACAACCAAAUCUCUUUGCUCAGCCCUGCGGCCUUCCACAAUGCCAGCACCUUGCGCCAUCUGGACCUCUCGUCCAACCGCCUUCAGGUGGUGGCGAGGCACCACUUCCAAGACCUUCUGGGGUUGGAGGAACUGCUGCUGUACAACAACCGUAUCACCCGCGUGGAGAGCAAUGCCCUGAUGGGGCUGAGCAACCUCCGGAAGGUCUACCUGAGCAUCAACCAGAUUACGGACUUCCCCUUCUUCUCCAUCCGCAAGCACAGCCAUCCCAAGCUGGCAGCCCUUGACCUCUCCUCUAACCGCAUGUCUCGACUGCCUCUAGAUGACAUUGUCCUCUUGCCUGUGGCUGUUCAAAGAGGUUUGUUUAUCCAUAACAACAGCCUGGCAUGCGACUGCUCUACCUACCGCAUGUUCUGGCACUGGGACAAAGAGGGUUACGAGGCCAUCAGAGAUUUCAAGGACGACUAUUUGUGCCGGAUGUAUGGGGAACCUCUCACCUCCAUACGUUUUCUCCGUAGCCCUCGUUUCUUCGAGAACUGUACCAUUGAGAAGAUGAUCUCUCUAAUCUCCCCAAAGGCAGAUAUGAUGGUGUAUGAGGGGGAACAGGUCAGACUGGAUUGUACUGGUACUCUCAGCAGUGUGGUCCUCUCCUACUCUUGGGUCAUUCCCCACCAGGAAAACUUAACUUUGUUGAUCCAGAAUGGUACCUUGCGGUUGAACCAAGAUGGCAGCCUGGAAAUCUUAGCUGUCCAGUCAGCGGACUCAGGGAUCUACCAGUGCAUAGCUGUGGACACAGUCAGGAUGAUUAAUGAAUCCCGUGAGGUAAACCUGACGGUUGUUCCCCAACGCUUGUCAGAGGAAACUUUCAGCACAGGCUACACCACCCUUCUGGGCUGUAUUGUCACUCUGGUGCUUAUACUUAUGUAUCUUUACCUAACUCCAUGUCGCUGUGGUUGCUGCAAACCUCCGCCACCCUCACCAACCAUCUCUGGCCUCGGAGAGGACCGCUGCACUCUGGCAUCCAUCUUUGGAGCUCCACCGAGUGCAGAGCUGAAGCAGAAGAGCAAAUCCAACCCUGAAAGACACGUGGUCUUCCUCGAGCCACUCAUGCAAGACAAGAACGGGCACUUGACAGCAGCCCUUAUGGCAGAAGAGCCCACAGGGCAAUGGGACACGCCCCAGCUGACCAGAAUUAAGGAAUUUGAUGAAAAUGUGUAGUACAUAGUUGUAACAGUAGAAAUCAUACUUGCCUGAACUGUGGACCUUUAUGUGGAUGUCAAGGAGGUAUGCAUGUGUUGAAAAUUUCCUGCCGCUACAAAAUUAGGACUGCAAAGCACUUGAGUAGAGUCCUUUACAUGUCCC